UCACUUGUCGAAGGUUGGAUUCAAAGAUGGAACAAUGGCAUGGUAAAAUUGCGGUUGUCACGGGAUCAAGUGCAGGAAUCGGCGCCGCCAUAGCCAUCCACUUGACUAACGCCGGAAUGGUAGUGGUUGGGUUGGCCAGGCGUACUGAGCGUACACUAGCAUUGAAGGAACAAAUAUUCGCAAAUUUGAGAAAUAACUUACACGCUAUGCAAUGUGAUGUUAGCAAAGAAAGUGAUAUAGUGGUGGCCUUCAAGAAUAUCGAAGAAACGUUUGGAGGUGUAGAUGUGCUGGUUAAUAACGCUGGUGUGGUUCGUGACACAAGAUUAAUCGACCCGAACAAUUCGCUGCCUAUUCGUGAGACAUGGGAAACGAAUGUGAUGGGCUUAGUUAUGUGCAGUCGAGAGGCAUAUCAAUCAAUGAAGCGAAGAUCGGUUGCCGGACAUAUCAUCAACAUCAAUAGCAUCGUUGGACACAGUCUUCCCUACUCAGUAGAAGCUCUGAUUUCAUCGUACAACAUGUACGCUCCUUCAAAGCAUGCGGUAACGGCAAUCACAGAAGUUACGCGUCAGGAGCUGUUGAACGAUAAAUCGAAAGUUAAAGUUACGAGUAUUAGCCCUGGAGCAGUGAAAACGGAAAUAUUAGAACUAACUGAAGUACAGUUUCCCCUUCUCAAUGCAGAAGAUAUCGCACAGGCUGUACUCUACGUACUGUCAACACCAUCGCAUGUACAGGUUCAUGAACUGAUAAUAAAACCGAUCGGUGAGCGAUUCUAGGCCAACAGUUUUUCGUGGACGUGAUAUCUACAACCUAAAUGAGCCGUACAUAACGUUUAAAUCGUGUAUAUUAUAAAUGUAUAUAAAAUUUCCACAAUAAGCAAAGAAUAAAAAAGAUUCCAAAAUGCAUAAGGUACAA